UGAGCAGACUUGGGUAAAGUCAGACACCACAGCACGAAACCAUGAUCUGAAAACGUGAAGACCCCCGGAUAAUCAGCGAAUUUUAGGUAGAUUAGCUCGCCCACAUACGCCUUGGUACUGCCACUCAAAUGUGGUGCCUGGAGCGGCUCCUAAGGAUUCGGACACGCCCAGCAGCCACAUCUGCCUUCUCUCCUGCCAGCUUUACCAAUGUUCUUACUCCAGCCAGCAUCCCAGAGUUCUGCAUCCCUCCCAGGCUCCUACCCAGUCCUUCCCCAGCCCUUACCCGAGAACUCUGGCAGGAGGAGGAGCUGAGGCAAGAGUGUGUGAAAGCCAGGGAGGACCCGGACCUUACCGACUGGGAUCCGCGCUCUCAGGCUGCGCUUUCGCUGCCGCACCUGCCCCGCCAGCCCACCUCGUACGGCUUCUGCGCGUUGCUCGAGAGCCCCAAUACCCGCCGCAAAGAGUCUCUUUUCCUUGGGAGUUCUGCAGCCGCUGCCGCCCUUUUCCUGCAGCCCCCAUCCCAGUCACUUUUGAGGCCUAGGGCUCACACUUACUGUGGCAGCAGCAGCGGUACCAAUGCUUCGUGCAACCUACGGGGCCGGCGGGUAGCCCCAGACCGCCAGGCCAUUGGCUGCUCUGACUCCUCCUCCGCCAACUCAUCUCCUUGCAGUUCCCCACGGCCCCAAGACGCUCCAGCCAAGCGGUCACGGAGCCGUCAGCGUUACCGGCGCCUCCUCCGGGCCCCAGAUGCCUUGGGCCGGGCGCUGCGAGCCAGUGGGAGCCGCGUUCUGGCCCGAGCUCGCUCGGUCUCCAGCGCAGAAGAUGACGACGAGGAUUAUGAGGCCGUCGGGGAUGCACGCCACAUCUCUCUGAUAGCCACCUGCCACCCUGGUUCCGCCCUGGUGCGAGCUCCAUCCCCGUCCCCUUUGGGUCCACUGCAGGAGCGCCUGGAGGUCAAGAGCACCGUGGCCUUGGGCUGUGACGGCGGUGCCCUGCACUUGGCCACCGAGUACUGUCCAGUGUCCCGGCGUCUACGCAUCCGCCUGCUCAGCGCCCAGGGCCUCUACAGCGGCACCUCAGAGCCGGGGGCCAUAGGCUGCAGAGUCAGCUUCACCUUGGUGCUGCAGGGGAAGACGCACAAGCAGCGCAGCGCGGUGGUCCGACGGAGCCGAAAUCCAGUCUUUAACGAGGACUUCUUCUUCGAAGGACUAUCAGAGGACGACCUGCGCCGCACAGCUGUGAGGGUCAAGGCCGAGAACAAAGGUCGGGGCCUGGAGCGGGACCGUUUGUUGGGUCGGGGAGAGCUGGAGCUGAGGUCCAUAUUACUCUGACCAAGUGGUCCAGCCUCAUGCCUUCCUUCCUGGUGCUUUCUGUUAUUCCCUGGGAGGCCUG